UACCCUUCAUAUCUGCUCGAGUCCACCCACUCUCAGUGUCUUUCUUACUUUUCACGCCCUUUCUUUCUACAGUUCGAUGCUUUCUACAAAUCACCAAAGAGAAUGGGUCCAUACUCAAUGCUCAUGAUCUUCAUAUUCAUGGUAACAUCCAGUCAAAAUCAUGGCACAGUUUACGUCGAUGGGGCAAGAGAUCCAGGGCUGUCCGUAAGCGUUCAGAGAAAACAGCAUGAGAUGAGCCAUCUGUCCAUUGAUAAGCAUUUUGGUUCCAGUAGCGACAUCGGCAAAAUAUUGAAGCUCCUGAUGGCAUUAGAGGUUGCAACGACAAGACUUGAGCAAAUUCAAGCUGAACUUGAUGAGAAGAUUACCGGCAUAGAGCAGAAGCUGCUUGUGCUAGAAUCUCCGCCCGGCCGGCUGCCUUCCAACGAGAUGCUCGGCGAAGUUGUUGUGAGUACGGACCUCAUGCAGGUGUCAGAUGCCAUGGGACACAUAGCCGCGCCUUCCGUACCAGACCGUGGUGGCGGUGCAGGACUAAGCACGCAAACGGUACCGAUAGAUUUGGUACACCAGAAUCCUGGAUUUUAUACCGAGCAGCAACAACAAAAACCAACACAACCACCUCAGACGCAACAAGAUAUCCGAACGCAACCAUUGCAAACGCAACAAGAUCUUGAGGAUCCACAGUCACAACCAUCACUGCCACGGUCACAGCCGUCGCACCAAGACCAGGAACUAGAAAAGGAAUCCCCUCUGCAACAACCGUCGUCAUUACAACAGCAACGGCAGGGAACUGCUGGAAAUAAGCUGGAUGAAAUCGACCAGAUAAUUGAACUGGCUAGUGGACUCAAACGCCGCCAUGAUGAGGCUCCACCGUCUAACCAAAUGAGAUCGUCAGGGUGGAGUCCACCUGUAUGGAAGGACGACCGGAGAGCAAGAAUUCCCCCAAUUGUGGAGGCCUUGGCCCGCCAGGGAAAAAUGGUGGAGAGGGAGGGGUUACCUUGGUUAUCUCUCAAGUAGGGCUAUUUACAGGUGUUUUUGUGGUACUGCAGAUGCUUGAUCAUCUAUCAACACUUUUACAUGUCCUCCAGUGGCACCCAUUCAUUUGUAUCAAGGGGACCAAGGGAGUGCCAUUACACUAUAAUUUAGGGCCUGGGGAUAAAUGGGUGGGGAACAGUUAUUUAUAACGGGGAAAAUCACUUCCAAAAAUAUCAGAAACUAAAGACUGUAAUGGCCCGAGUCCUAAGUGGCACCAAUGGGUGAGAAUGCUCUUGUCUAAAUGUAGUUUACUACAAUAUGUUAAAGGUCAGCUACGGCUGCUAUAGCUAGGGCUACGAUAGUUCACGCUUCUUAAAUCCUCACAAAAACUUAAGCACAACAACUUUUUAAGAUAGGCUGAUAAGGAAACAACAGACGGAGAAAGGAAACGUGGAAAGGUGCAAAUCCCUCCAUCGAACGUAGCACAGUCACAUGGACCACAAAUUUAUUCUUAUCCUCUCGACAUCGUUUUGGGGGUUUUAAUAGUUACAAAUAAUAUUAUUGUUUAAGUACAACUUCGAAUCCAAGUAGUUGGAAAUAAAAAAAAUGUAUCAAAACGGACGUAACACACAAAACAGUUGCACAACUGAAUUGUGAUGGAGACAAUGGCAAUAAACAUAGGCAUUGAUAUUUCGAGAA